AUGAUCCCGAAAGAGCAUAUUUUUAUGAAUGUGUCUUUAAAAAAUGAUAAAUUUAUUGUUUGUCUGGUAAUCGUAUCUACAGUAUGUUCAGGUAUUAUUCCUGCUGUCACAUCAAUUUUAACAGGUAAAGUAUUUAACUUAUUGGAGCAUUCUUCAUUAGAUUAUUCAGUGCCAAAUGAUUUAAUUAUUAAAUCAAUGUCUAUUAUGAUAUUGGGUGCAGUCAGUUUCCCUAUUAUAUGGAUUUUGAUUUCUUCAUGGAUGCUUAUCGCUGAAAGACAAUGUAUCAGAUUGAGAUAUCAAUUAUUAUACACGUAUAUAAGCAAAUCCUUCCAAUGGUAUGACUCAAAUAGUGUUAACCUCCUAGGUGAAUUUACUCAAUUGAACAGAUGUAUCGAAGAAAUACGGCAAGGUAGUUCAGAAUCAGCUGCUAUAUUAUUUCAAAGUUUGAUCACAGUAUGUACUCUUAUUGGUACAUCUUUCUAUUAUUCAUGGUCUAUGACAUUAGUUAUUCUUUGUUCUUCACCAUUAAUAAUUAUAAUUACAUUAAUUUUAUCCAAAUUAAUCAAUAAAUCUAUUGAUUUAGAGAAUCAGGAGACAUCAAAAGCAGCAGAACUAUUAGUUUGGUCCAUGAACUCUGUAUCGUUAGUAAAAUUCAGCAAUACUCAAGAUAUAGAGAUCAGAAAAUUUAAUAAACUUGUAAAAAAAUGCAAUAGCAUCUUUAUUAGAAUCUGUCUUUUGAAUUCUUUGAAUUACAGUUUGAUUCGGAUGUUGUCACUUCUUAUGUUCAUUCAAGGAUUUUGGUAUGGUUGUACAAUGAUUAAGCGUGGUAAAUUGCAGAUUGAUAACGUUAUCACCUGUUUCCAUUCGUGUCUUAUGUUAGCUUCUACAUUUAAUGAAUUAUUUCAUCAACUUAUCAUCCUACAAAAGGGCCAUGUUGCCAAUAUUAAAAUUAACAAAUUUUUAAAUAGUUUUGAUCCUGGUCUAAUAUUUUCAAUUAAUAUAAAAAAUGAUAUGCAAAAAUCAUUGAUAAUACCACCUAAACCGUUGAUUUGUGAUAAUUCCUUAGGUAUCACUUUUCAUAAUGUUUCUUUUAAAUAUCCAACUAGACCACAUGUAUCAGUUUUAUCAAAUGUCAACAUUAAUUUUAGAAUGAAUGAAUUAACUUUUAUUAUUGGGAAAUCAGGAUCAGGGAAAUCUACUUUACCCAAAUUAUUAUUAAAAUUUUUCAGUGGAUUUGAGGGUGAAAUAAAGAUUAACGGUGUGCCAAUAGACCAAAUUGACCAGGAAUGGAUCAUUGAUAAUGUCACGGUUGUAGAACAACGUUGCAGACUUUUUAAUGAUACUCUGAAAAACAACAUAUUAUUAGCCUAUCCAGGUCUCGAUGAACAGAACGAUCCUUCUACUUCAGGUGCAAUCCAAGAUAGAUUAAUGGAAGCAUGUUCUUUUGCUGAGUUAGAUAAUGUGAUAUCUCAGCUUCCAAAUGGAUUGAAUACAAAGAUUGGAGUUGAUGGGGUAAAUUCGAGUGGUGGUCAAUCUCAAAAAGUUGCAUUAUCGAGAAUAUAUAUAAGAGAUACACCAGUUCUGAUACUCGAUGAAUCAGUAUCAGCAAUUGACAUUAUUAGUCGCCAAAUAUUGAUGGAUAAUAUAAGGGAAUGGAGAAAAGGUAAAACGACAAUCAUUUUGACACAUGAAUUGGAUCAAAUUAAAGCAAAUGAUUUCUUAUAUGUUAUGGAGAAUGGAAAAGUUGUGGAUAGUGGAUAUAAAAGUACAUUAUUAAAUACUGAAGGUAGCAAGUUUAAAAAAUUUUAUGAAAUACAGAAAAUGGAUAGAUCUGAAGAAGGUUCGACCGGUUCUAUUAUAGAUUCAUAUGAUUGUGGUAGUGAGGCAUAUAAAAAUGAGAAAAGAACAUGUUUGAAUCAGACCGCAAUAAUUUAUGAUAAUUGGGAGAAUCCUACUAAAAUUUUAGAGGGGGAAACUCAAAAAAAUCUAAUUAAUGAUGUGGUUUACGAAGAGGAUGUUUCAUGUGAUUCAAUAGAUUAUUCAAUAAAUGAUGUUCAAUACAAAAAAGAUGGUUCUAAAAAUGAUUUAGAUAGGGAGAUGUCAUUUAUAGAUAUAAUUAAACAUAUGUUAAGAGAUUCUGAUAAAAAAUUAUUAUUGAUUUUUGGAAUUUUAUGUUCUUUGUUGGCUGGUGUCUCUAAUCCAAUAUUUUCUUUUGGAUUUAGCUAUCUUUUAAACGGAAUAGUGUUAAGUGAAACCCAUGAAUCCACCUCACAUUAUCUUUUAAAGUGGUCACUUAUACUAAUUGCCAUUUCAAUAGCAGAUUCCAUUUUUAAUUUUUUAAGGUCCUUUAUACUUGCAUAUUGUAGUGAAAUUUGGAUUUUAAACUUAAGAGAAUUGACUAUGAGAGUUAUUCAGUACAAUAAGUUUGAAUGGUUUAAAAAGGAUCAAAAUAGGUCAUCUGAGUUAUCUGCAGUUUUGUUGAAUGAUCUGAGAGAUUUACGAAAUUUAAUCAGUGAAUUUUUAAGCACAUUUAUUAUUUUUGUGGUAGUCUCUUUUUGUGGAUUAAUCUGGGCUAUAGUUGUUGGUUGGAAAUUAAGUUUGGUUUGUAUAUCAAUGUUCCCUAUACUUGUGUUAUUUUCUGUUUUAUAUGGAUUUAUUUUACAAAAAGUUGAAACAUCAUAUAAGACAGAGAUUACUCGACUGGAAAAUUGCUUCUUUGAGAUAAUAGUAGGAAUUAAGACUAUUAAAUAUUUACAUGUUCAAGACCAUUUUAUCAAAAAAUAUGCUAAGUUGAUCCAGAAUAUCAAAAAAGUAGCCAUGAAGCGAGCUUUGGUCACUGGUAUAGGUAUUUCAUUCAGUCAUACAUUAACGUUAUGUAUCCAAGCAGUUUUAUAUUAUUAUGGUUUAAAACUAGUGUUUGUUGGGGAAUAUACCUCUAAAAGAAUGUUUGAAACUUUAACUUUAGUAUUAUUCACAAUUGUAACAUGUUCUAACCUGACUAAUCAAAUUCCAGAAGUAGCUAGAGGCAAGAGGACAGCCGUAUGGACCUAUAGAAUUAUUGAUGAGCGUGCUAGUACUACAGAACAGAUGGAUUUUCAAGGAAGAUAUGCUCCAAUAUUUGUACAAAAAAAAAAUCAACAAUUAAUAAAAAUUCAUAAUUUAACUUUUGCUUAUCCAAACAUCAAGAGUAAAAAGGUUUAUUCAAAUCUUAAUAUGGAAUUAUACUCUGAUCAAACAGUGGCGUUAGUAGGGGCAUCAGGUUCUGGAAAAUCGACUUUAAUUUCUUUAGUUACAAGAUUAUAUUCACCAGAUUGUGACUGUAUAUUUGUAGAUGGCACAGAUGUCCACAAAUGGGAUUUGAGAACAUUGAGACAACAAAUUGGAAUUGUGGAACAAACACCAAUGUUAUUCAAUGGCACUAUUAAAGAUAAUUUGUUAUAUGGUAUAGAGCAACAGAUCACAGAGAAAGAUAUCAUGAAGGUAUUAAAAACAGUAAAUAUUUAUGAUUUUAUUUUAUCUUUACCUUAUGGGUUGGAUACUUAUAUUAAUACUGAUUUGUUGUCUGGAGGACAAUUACAAAGAUUAUGUAUAGCAAGAGUAUUAUUGACUAAAAAACGAAUUUUAAUUUUUGAUGAAUGCACAUCUGCACUUGAUGCAGAAAGUGCAAAAGUCAUACAUGAUAUUGUUGCAAUAGGGAUACCCCAAACUCUGAUAAUUUCAAUCACACAUGAUUUACAAAUGAUGCAAGUUUGUAAGAAGAUUCUUGUUCUAAAAGAUGGUGUGAUAGUUCAAGAAGGAAGUUAUGAAGAUCUUAUUUGUGUUGAAGGUGAAUUUAAAAGGAUCGUAACUUGGUGA